AUGGCGCCCGCUCCGCGUCGGGACCUCCUCACCAAGGAACAUUUCGCAUUCGUCUUCGGCGGCGUCAAGACACAGAACUACCACGAUCCUGCUGCAAAGGGACCAGGAUCUCAUACUAUCCGCACGUUGGCAUGGAAUCCUGCCGGCCAGCUGAUUGCGACUGGCUCUGCCGAUAAGACGCUGCGCAUUUGGAACCCCGAACGUCCUGCUGUGCGAUAUUCGACCGAGCUUCGCGGCCACUCUUCUGCUGUUGAGAAGGUCCUUUUCAACCCUGUCCGCGAUGCAGAGCUGGCUAGUUGCUCUGCAGAUGGUACAGUGCGCUUCUGGGAUGUUCGCUCGAAGACUUGCGUUAGCCGUUUAGACGUCGGCGGGGAGGCAUUCACCCUUUCCUGGUCAGCCGAUGGAAGUACCAUUAUUGCCGGAAGGAAGGACGAUACUUUGAUCCCCAUAUCCGUUCAAUCACCCUCCUCCCCUCAUAUCCUCUCCAACGGAACAGGCACCUUCAAUGGCCCUUCAACCGACCUCUCUUCUAAGCCUGGUCCUUCAACAUAUACCGCCCUCCCGUCUCACCCUCAAACCGUCCAAACAAACGCAACAACAUUCUCAAACCAUAUCCCCUCCUCCGACUUCCCAGACCUCCACCUAUUCCUCACAACCGGCGAAGGCCGUGUUAAAAUCGUCUCAUAUCCUUCCUUCGAACCUAUUCACACCUUAAACGCCCACACCUCCGCCUGUAAUGCCAUUUCUCUAGCCCCGACAGGUCGCUACCUAGCUGUGGGAGGCAGUGACGCUCUGAUCUCCCUAUGGGAUACAACAGACUGGAUCUGCCGCCGCACAUUAUCCAGCGAGAAUGGUGGUGCUAUCCGUGGCGUGAGUUGGAGCUUUGAUGGCCGUUUUAUAUGCGGUGCGUCGGAUGAGCCUGAUGCGACGUCGAGUGGGUUAGAGAUCUUCCAUGCCGAGACUGGGGAGAGUGUUUAUACUGUUCCGACCACGGGAACUAGGUCUGGAAUUCCUGCUGUUGCAUGGCAUCCGUCUAGAUAUUGGCUCGCUUACUCGACAACUCAUGAUGGGCCUGGUAGUGGAGGAUCCGGCGGGUUGAAGAUUGUCGGUGCAGCUGGUGGUGGCCUUUAA